AUGGAACGAGCGCUGAAUGAGGCAUCACUGGCUCAUUCGAAAAUGAGGGCAUACGUCGUCCAGCAGCAGUCUUCCUUACCACUACCAGAUGAUGUGCGAACAUCCGUGGCUGAAAUGAUGACUCAGGAUAGCAGCGACUACGUAAAAACAUUCGAGCAAUUGGCAGAGACCAUAACAGCAUCGCGACCUCAUGCUGUUGCAGAGUGUACACCGCAGAAACGAAGACGGAACUCCUAA